AUGAUCAGCAGAGCAGCGAAAGAAUGGAUGCUGCAUGUGUAUCCAAGUGAUCUCACGCGGUUUCAGCGACCAGCGCGAGUUCUACUGUCCGUUGCGUUUGCUCAACUUGUCCACGGAGAUCCGGCUAUCAGAGAAAGGGCAAACAAGGUUUUAGAAAAGUGUACAAGGAAAUUUAAGAAGCAUGUUUCAAAAAGUUGGAGAUCUGAAACGAAUUCCUUCCAAGUAUACAAGACUGUCACCAGCAACUCCCAGGAGCAAUUCGCCGGGAUCAUGUUCGAAUUGGAUCAGUUUCGUGACAAGGAGGGAGAAAAGUGCAAGGCGUACGUGGCACGAGUACUUUUAGGGAUGCUUUCGUUCUGUGGAGAAAGGGUCAGUAGAAGGACUGGGGAGAAGAUCUUUGACCUUGUCCUCAUGGAACUUCACACGGAUACUGAUCUACAUGAUGCCUUCAGUCUCGACUCCACUUGCACUGCUGCACAUCCUGCUGUAGCCGCCUCUACAGGCCGUCAAGACAUACUGCAUUUGGCCAUGCAGAAGCUGCUCUGCUGCCUGGACUCUCGUUUUGCACUUCACAUGGUCCACCAGGGGAAGUACAUAGAGAACGUGUGGGGAAAGUCCAUCUCUCAAUCCGCUAAGGAUUUGAUUUAUGCUUGCAUCUGUUCUGGAGCCUUCAUCAUCGAACAGCAGAGUCGAGCUCACCCCCAGCAGCGCAAACUUUCCCUCCAUGAGAUCGAGCGGACAAUGCAAUUCGCACGCGUAUGCGAGGUGAUGUUCUCGCCAACAAAGAGAUACAAGGAAGCUGUCCUGUUGCUUUGUUGGCGAGUCUUCGAGUUCAUAGUCAACUCCGCCAAGGCUGUUGGGCCUUUUGGAGAGUUUUCCUUUGACACCCUUCCGACGAAAGUCUUGCUGCAGCGGGUCUUAGUUGCGUUGUACUCAGCCCUUGGCGACAACACUUUGCUAACUAACCGCGAGGACAUCUUGAUGAAGAUACAAACCUUCAACGAUGAGAUGCAAGACAUCGGCGGAGUGGGAGUGCUAGAAAACCUCUAUGAUGAGGCUAUAUCUUCCAUCUGGAGCAGAGUACGGCUGCACCUGGAUCAGAAGUCAUCGGAGCUCAAUGCGGGGCACAAGAAGGGAACCAAGGUCGACUGA